AUGGCAGUUCUUUGCACCCUUCUCCUAUCAUGUGCAGUAUUGUGGGCUAGUGCUGCAGCUGCAAUACUUGAUUCUGCCAUCCAAGUCCGCAAUGCUCCAGGCCACACUGUAGAGGAUACCUGGCGUGCUAUAAGGCGGGGCCUGGCUGUAGCCAGCCUGGAAAAACGCGAGCCUUAUACAGCUGAUCUACCUCUGGCGAGGAGCUGGGAUGGCGCCACCCUGUUAUCAAUCGUAGUGGAAGCUACUAACCUGGACCUCAAGGCUGGAAUCAAUGUCACAUGCAAGACGUGCUACGUCAAAGGAAAUGCUAAGGCCGAACUCACUAUUGGAGACAACUUAGACGCCAGCGAACUCAUCGGUGGCGUCGUGAACAAUGCUAAGAACGAAACCAUCGAGUUUGCCAACACAUUCGUAGACUUCCUAUUCAACUCCACCCACAACUACACCGACACUGUGUUUGAAAAAGUGAAAGACGUUUUCGAUGCGGAAGACUUCACUUUUCCAACCUUUCCACUCGCAUUCGAUAUCAAUGUCCCUGAGAUCGAGGAAGCAAACUUACGCUUCCAGUUCGACGGCAUGGAGCUCUACUUAGAGAUGGACACUGUUCUUACUGGUGGAGCUGCUUACGAAAUCAACCUGUACACUUCCAACAGCCCGAUAGGGAUCUUCGUCGGCCCAUCAUUGACGCUCGGUGUGACACUCCAAGUCGAUCUUAUCCUGGAGGUUGAUGGGCAGAUCGAUGUAAGCAGUGGAUUCCACGUUAGACUCGAUGAUGGUGUUGCAAUGGACAUUACCAUGUUUGGCGACACUGUCUCAAACAUGAUCUUCAACGGGGGUCAAUUUGAGUUUCUACCUGUUACGCUUGUCAGCGCAAGCGUUUCUAUCGCAGCUGUUCUUCGAGUUGGCGUGCACUGCGGUGUCGAAGUUGGCCGGCCGAAAAUAACUGGAAUCGCUGGCGAAGUCGCUGACUCUUUAAACGUCGAGGUCAACGCGGGAGUAGAACUCGCUCUUUUCGCCAACGUUGCAGAAUUUGUGACCAACAUCACCUACGUACCUGAUGAUGACGAAUGCAAGCUCAAGGUCGUUCAGGAAUACAACUUUGCACUAGGUGCUUUAGCCGGCGCAUCUAUCGAGGUACAUCUACCGGCCCUAAGCCAUAAUAUGACCUAUGGUCCAGUUGCAAGCAAGACCACAGCAAUCUUCACUACAACACUCGCUGAGGCAUGCGCUAUCGAAGCUACUAGCAAGCCGCCGCAAGUUACUGCCACCGGUGCUGAGAAACGACAGGAUCUUGUAACUCACACUACUUCGACCAUUACUACAGGUGUAGGUUGUAAGAACACGGCGACUGCUAUGUGUCCUAAUUCCGAGCAAAUCUCCACAAGAGCAACAAUUACAAGAACUCUCGUGGUUCCUUCUGGCGAGAGUGCUGUCUGGCCGGAAACUAUGCUCGAAAAAGUCAAGGCUACCAAAGAAUUUGGACCCCAGGCCAGAUCAAUGAAGACCAUUACUGGUAGCCCAGUACCGUACGUUGCGCCACCCGGUGAAGAGAAUCACGGUCUUGAUGGAACUACUCGAGGUGUCAGCAACAAGGUCAUUAUCGGUAUCUGCGUCGGCCUGGUUCUGCCCCUCCUGGCAGCCAUCAUUGGGGCUAUCAUCUUCUUCCGUAGGCGCAAGAGGUAUGGUGCAAUAGGAGGACCUGCAGCACCCAUGCUCGCCGAGCCGUACAUGGGCCAUAAUGACUAUACUGACCAGAUUCACGAUACGAAGUCACCCAAUGGGAAUGUUGCUGAGAUUCAACGUUGA